AAUAAAGAUAAGAACACAACAGUAAUUAGCCAUUAUUAUUAUCUAUUUAAAUACAUUUAUCAUACAACAAUAAACUUUUAUCAAUUAUGCAAUAAGUAUACUUAGUUCUCUCUCAGUUAUAACAAUGUUCACAUCAAGGAUAGUUGUUUUUCUGUCCCUGGCGACAGCAGUUCUAGCAGACGACCUCAUCUUCCCAUCAACCCUGAAAUUUGGUGUUGCAACAUCUGCCUACCAGGUGGAAGGCGCGUGGAAUGCCAGUGACAAAGGCAUCACCAACUGGGAUACCUACGUCCGCACGCAUGGUGUCUCCGACGGGAGCUCCGGGGACGUCGCCUGCGACUCCUACCAUCUCUGGCGGAGGGACAUCGAAAUACUAACAGACCUGGAAGUCGAUUACUACAGGUUCUCACUAAGCUGGUCCCGUAUACUUCCAUCUGGGUUCGACAACCGCAUCAGUGAAGACGGGAAGCGGUACUACAACGAGCUGAUCAACGGUCUCCUGGAGAACGGAAUCGAGCCCAUGGUCACCAUAUACCAUUGGGACCUGCCGCAGCAGUUGCAGGAUUUGGGCGGCUGGGCCAACCCUCUCAUCGUCGACUGGUUUGAAGACUAUGCCCGUGUGGUUUUCAACCUCUUCGGCGACCGAGUGAAGACCUGGAUCACCAUUAAUGAACCGAUCUCCAUCUGCGACGGCUCCUCCACCCUGGGGAUCUUCGCUCCUGGAGUACUGUCCGUAGACAACGUGGGAACUUAUCUGUGCACCAAAAAUGUGCUGAUGGCCCAUGCAAAAGCGUGGAGGCUUUAUGAUAAGGAGUUCAGGCCGAAAUUUAAUGGGCAAAUAUCUUAUUGCAACAAUCUGUUAUGGUAUGAAGAGAAGACGCCUGCUGAUGCUGAGCUGGCAGAGUUGGCGAGACAGCACAAUGGAGGCCGUUACUCCCACCCGGUCUUCUCAAAAGAAGGGGGUUGGCCGCCGACCAUAGAGAAGUUUAUAGCGGAGAAGAGCUCCAGACAAGGAUACCAUGGCUCCAGAUUGCCAACAUUCACCGCAGAAGAGAUACGUUUAGUUAGAGGUACAUACGACUUCUACGGUGUUAACUUAUACACAAGCCGGUUAGUCAGUCCCCAGGACCAGAACAUCAGCCGUGGGUUCCCCCUCUCCGGCUCUCAGGAGUUGGGGGCGGCUCUCACCAUGGACCCCAGUUGGAAGCAGGCCUGCAACGGAUGGAUUGCUGUCCAUCCCGAGGGCAUUCGGAGGCAACUGGUGUGGCUGAAGAAGCAAUACGGAGACAUAACCUUCUUCAUCACCGAGAAUGGGUACCCCACCUGCAAGGGGGACGACCUGGACUUGGACGAUGAAGAUAGGAUUGAUUACUAUAGAGGGUACCUGAGUGAGGUAAACAAAGCGAUAAAAUUGGACGGUGUGAGGGUAGAAGCUUUCACUGCCUGGAGCCUUAUGGAUAACUUCGAGUGGAUGGAUGGAUAUAGGUCAAAAUUUGGCCUCUACGCAGUGAACUUCACUGACCCAAACCGAUCAAGAACUCCCAGAAAAUCUUCAAUUUUCUACACACAGAUCAUACAAAACAGAACUUUAGUCGCAUCGCAAAAAUUACAAGAAAAUAAAACUAAAAGUUACGUGUGGUAUUCUUUUGUGGGCGUUUUGGCUGUAAUAGUGGUUGUCUGUGCCGUUUAUAUGUAUAAAAAAAAGAGGAAUGUCAACGAGGAAGACAAGACUGUUGAAAACACAACACCUCUUAUGAAUGUUGGUUCGAUAUUUUGGGAAUUAAGUUUAGGUAAUAAAAAAGAGGUCAAGUGCGUGUCGGGCCACGUGCAUUUAAAUAAACAUUUAGUCGACGCCAUGAUUCCACAAGUGUCAGUCGUGUUUGCCACAUUGUUGUCUGCGUCAAUAAACGCCGAAGAGCUGGUCUUUCCCGACACCCUGAAAUUUGGAGUGGCCACCUCUUCUUACCAGAUCGAAGGCGCCUGGAAUGUCAGCGACAAAGGUCUUAAUAUCUGGGACAUCUUCGUCCGUGAGCGUCCGGUCGCAGACGGGAGCACGGGAGACAUAGCCUGCGACUCCUACCACCUUCCGCAGAGGGAUAUUGAGAUGUUGAAGGAAUUGGGAGUGGACUUUUACAGAUUCUCCUUAAACUGGGCCCGUAUUCUUCCAUCUGGGUUCGACAACCGCAUCAGCGAAGACGGGAAGCGGUACUACAACGAGCUGAUCAACGGACUCCUGGAGAACGGAAUCGAGCCAAUGGUCACCAUCUACCAUUGGGACCUGCCGCAGCAGAUGCAGGAUUUGGGCGGCUGGACCAACCCCUUAGUAGCCGACUGGUUUGCCGACUACGCAAGAGUGGUGUUCACCCUUUUCGGAGACCGUGUGAAGACCUGGAUCACGAUAAACGAACCCAUAAUCAUUUGUGAUGCCUCCUACUCAUUGGGGUUGCUUGCCCCUGGCGUGAAAACCUCAGAUCAUAUCGGGACGUACCUGUGUUCCAAGAAUGUGAUGUUGGCACACGCCAAGGCUUGGAGGGUUUAUGAUGAGGAGUUCAGGUCUUUGUAUAAAGGAGAAAUAUCAGUCACAAACAACCUGUUCUGGUUUGAAGAGACGACAGCCGAGGCCGCUAAGUUAGCAGCAUUAUCCAGAGAAUUGAUGGCUGGGCGUUUUUCACAUCCAAUAUACUCUAAGGAAGGUGGAUGGCCUCCAAAAUUGGAGAAGGCUAUAGCUGAAAACAGCAAAAAGCAAGGAUACCGCAGAUCCAGACUACCUCCUUUCACUCCUGAGGAGAAAAAGCUGAUCAGAGGUACUUUCGACUUCUACGGUGUGAACUUCUACACGAGUCGGCUGGUCGCGGCAGGGGAUCCUGAGAAAAGUUAUUGGUUCCCUUUCACUGGUUCGGACGAGUUGGGGGCAGAGUUCAGUAAAGAUCCAAAAUGGCGGGUGGGGUGCAACGGAUGGCUUGCUGUCCAUGCAGAAGGUCUUCGAAAGACAUUAAUAUGGCUGAAGCGACAGUAUGGAGAUCUCAAAUUCCUCAUCACUGAGAACGGAUUCCCGAGCUGUUCCACUGAGGAUCUGGCCCUGGAUGACCAGGAUCGGGUGGAUUUCUACAGGGAGAAUUUGGAGCAGGUGCACAAAGCAAUAACUUUGGACGGUGUGAAUGUUGCUGCGUUUACUGCCUGGAGUCUCAUGGAUAAUUUUGAAUGGAUGGAUGGAUACAAAACCAAAUUUGGCCUCUACGCAGUCAACUUCACGGAUCCAGAACGAGCGAGAACUCCGCGGAAAUCAGCGUCAUAUUUCACAAAAAUCAUCAAAUCCAGAAAAUUGACUAUAUCUGACAAAAUAUACAAGAGUGAUUUGUAUAUGUGGUAUUCUUUCGUCGCGGUAUUAGUUUUCAUUAUAAUUGUAUGCGUUAUGAUGUUUGUAUACAAAAAUGGUGGAAAGAGUAAUAAUAACACUUUGGAUAACGCUACACCUCUUAUGGGGCAAACGUAGAUUAAUAAAAUGUACACUCUUCGUGGUGAAACCUAUAUUUUCUGUUAAAAAUAUGAAAAUAUUUGAACCCAGGGUCCGCCUGUAACUACGAUCCAACCCCUGUAGCAUGUCACGCCCGACGCGGUU